CGUGAAAGGGACGUGUCCAAAGCUUCGCGGAGAGGCGCUACGGUGAGGUACAAAAUGGCCUUGCUGGCCCAACUAACCGUCACUCACUCCGUUGCUUGUAGUUGCGUGUGACACACGGGCUGCUGGCCGUGGAGGACCAGUGCUGAACCCUGCGCAUACUGACGGACCAACCGCACAACCACUUCAUUUACAUAUGGCCAGGCCGCAGACGGAGGUGUAUGAUGUGCUUGAUGAGAAUUCCUUGGUGCCAGUGCACAGCACGGCUCAGAGCAGUGGCUUUGACGACACUCCAGCACACGGCGACGACCAACAAGGUACACCGUGGCCACCUUUGCUCUUGCCUGACACCGCCGCCUCGAGUAGUACCUUCUUGAGUGAGACGGACGGAAUUUCAGAAAGACUUUGUCGUCAAGGCCGUCACCCAAAACCAGUGGGCGUGGUGAAGCCGAUGCGUUCACGCCUUGUUGCACUCCGCCCCAACCAGAGGCCAAGGCCACUUGUCCAAGCAGCAGGGGCGUCAACUCUCCAGCCAGCUUCCUGGGGCACGUCACUCUCUCGUGCACCAGGCUUUGACGAUACUACUUCAGGCCAUGUUUCGCUACCCAUCCGUAGGAACACUGCCCUCCCUCCAAACAACGCUUCACCCGCCUCAACCUCCAGCAGCAACGGUGGAGUGGCUGAAGGAAGGCGGGUAGAGGCAGCUCGGUCUGCCAUUUUUUUCCGUCUGAAUAGGAGAUGCAAUGAACUGGGCCGCAGAAAUGAAGCGUUAGAACAAAAACUUGCAGCUUACCGACGCUUCUUCACAGACAAGGAUAACUUGAAAUCUUGGAUGCGCAGAUUAGAUACUGAGGGAGAUGAAGUGUCGCAAGCCAGCCCUGGCGAGGAAGAGGACGCGAGACAGAUGAGUUAACAAAAUACAAGUUAUCGUGGAUGGCGUGUUCUGUUGGAUACAGUGAUUGUGACCGAAUCUACCACUGCCACUUAUGAAAUUAUUGCGGGUGUUUGUGAGAACAUUGCCACUAAAGUGAUUAUUAGUUGAUGUUCACGUGUCUCACGUAAACCGGCGAAGGGAAGCCCUUUAUACAUAAAUACGAAGCUUACAACUGUACUAAAGUAUAUGUGAGUGAAAUACUGUGUUGUCAUAUUACCGAUUUCCCAUUGCUUUGUAACCAGCCUCUUGGAUUCAGUCAGCCAGUGUGUAGCCAUGCCCUGCCCCUCACCCUCGCAGGAGCAAGCUUCCCGCAAGGCCCAGUGUACGUGAGACAGUGUAGCUGUUUGUGUCCAUCUGAAUAUUAAAAAAAAAAAAAAAAAAAAAAA